AUGCUUAAAUCCUGUAGACUAUUGCAGGGGCCGAGAUUAGCGUUGGACCCUAGACAAGGGACUGGACGAGGAGGCGAGUCCAUCUAUGGAGCCAAGUUUGAGGACGAGAUAACACGUGAGUUGAAGCACACGGGUGCCGGUGUGCUGUCCAUGGCCAAUGCCGGGCCCAACACCAACGGCAGCCAGUUCUUCCUCACUCUCGCCCCCACUCCCUGGCUCGAUGGCAAGCACACAAUAUUCGGUCGUGUGUCGCAUGGAAUGGACGUGCUGAAACGGCUGGGCAACGUGCAGGCCGACAGGACUGACAGGGAUGGCGUGUGUGACGCGUACAUUGCAUCUGGACGUCAGGUGUAUCACUGUCAAAUGCCAGUAGGCCAGGAGAAUUUGUUGCAACAGGGCAAGGCGCAGGUGCUUCUGCCGCACCGUGUCGAGGACGUCACACCAGUGCCUGUCCCCUCUCUCCUGCACGCACUGCCCGUGCAGAGCCUCGCAUCUGCGGCCCUGGGAGGCACCGGAGGGCGAGCAGCCGCCACUCUCCUUUCCUCUGUGGACUCACUUGGUCGAGCCAUCGUCUCCACCUUCUCCUCUUCAUCUGGUAAGUCAGCAACGUCAACCGAGUCAACCGAGUCAACCAAUUCAGCUCUCGUUUUCCUUUUCAAGCUCUCAUUGUCACUUGCAUUUUCUCCUUGGUUGGCCAAGACAAGUGCACGCCACCAUGCUGCUGCUCUCCACCCCUCCCCCCCUCCCCUCCCCUCCCCUCCCCUCCCUUCCCCUCUCCCCCCCCCGCGUUUCAGCAGCAGCAACUAUUGGUUCCAUCUCCCACUCUCCCACUCUUCCUCGUCUCUGCGACUCCUCCUCAUCUCUCCCAUCGAUAGCCUCACACAUCGCAGUGCCUCUCGACUCCCUCGGCCACCUCUCCCCUUCCACUGCGGGACGUUAAGGUUCCCAACUGGGACCAUGCUGCUCAUAUGCUUCUGCCAUCUUCCUCCCACCCUUCCCUUUCCCCCCAUCUCCCCCAUCGCCCCGCACAUGGCAGUGACUCCUGACUCCCUCUGCCACCUCGCCCCCUCCCCCUGCGGCAUCACUGAGCCAGGCCCAUGCUGCACUGCCAUCUCCGUCACAGGACCCUCCACCAUCCGGGUGGCUACGUCCUGUUUCUUCCCCCGAUUAGUAGACCUGCACGACCCUGCUUUCCCCUCCCCCGCUUCCCCCCUGCGCACAUUCCACCUGCCCUUCCCCCCCGCUGCUGUGGGCUUCCUGGGGGGAACUGAGCGGGGCAGAAGGGGAGGGAAGCGGAGGGGAGGGGAGAUGGAAGGGGAGGGGGAGGGGAAUGCGGUUGAAGGGGUGAGGCUGCUGGCAGUGUGCGAAGGGCCUCAGGCGAGGGGAGGGCGGGAGGGGUGCGAAGAGCAGAGAAAGGGAGGGGUAAAGGGGGGAGUGGAAGGGGGGGCAAGGGGGGGGAAUGGGGAGGGAUUGAGGCCGGGGGGAGGGGAAGGGCGCAGCCAAGUAGAGAGAAAGUGA